GGUACAGGGGACAGGGAGACAGGAGUGUGCCAAGGGGACAGAGGAACAGGACAGAAACCCUGACCUGGCAGCCCUCUGGGAGAGGAUGGACCUCAGGGGAAGAAUGGAGGCCGUGGCCCUGACCGUGUCUCUGAGAGGCUACACCCAGCCCCAAGCGCCCCGGGGGAGACAGAGGAAGAGUGGCAACAGCCCCGUGCUGGCCCCGCCCCCUCCAUCCCGCUGCGGGCCCUGGCCCCGGUCCAGGGCUCAGCCUCAGCGUCUGGCCUGCGCCCGGCCUGAACCGAUCGUCCUCCAGAAGGAACAGGGCCCUGUGGGUCUCUGCAGCGCACUCUCUCGUGAGGCCGGGAGUUUCUUCUGCUACUGUCACCCCCGCAGGACUGUGGGACCGCCCGCUCCGCCGGCCGCCACGUGGGCCCCUUUCUGCUCUUGGAAAGUGAGGACUUGGCUCUCCGCGGUUCUGCUCCUCGUGCAUCCCUUCACAGCCCAUGGCACCGGCCACCCCGACGUCACACGUUCACCCCUCCUCUGUCCACGACGCCAUCCGGGCCUCAGGGGUGUUUCAGCUCCAGGCCCAGAAACGCAGCAAGACCAGGUGGGCGGUGCCGGAACCAACAGCAAUGACUAGCGACCCCCUGUCUUGGCGCUGACCAAUCAGGGGAGACCAGGACCCUGCAAGGGCACACCUGGAGUGCUGAUGAAUGUUCUGCUGAGACCCUCCCCUGAGACCCGCCCUGAGAUCUCCUCCUGCGAGAGAGAUACAAACUCCAGACAGAGGACCCAGCGCGCAUGUGCGUGUGUGUGUGUGUGUGCGCGUGUGCGCUCUCCCUCUGGGGGGCAGCCAGCACCGUGUCCUUUCCUGUCCUCCCCCCAAGCCCCCCUUCUUUCUCCUCCUAAACUGUAAGGCAACAGGCAGCUGGCAGCUUGUUCCAGGCCGAUCCCCCGAACCUGUCCCCAAAGACCCCUUUCCUCUGAUGUCCCCGUGGGCUCAGGCAGCCCAGCCUGGGCUCCCCCAUUGCCUCCUCUAUGCAAAGCUCUUCCUCGUUUCACUGUCCCCAGCUUUAAUAAAUGUACCCUCGUAGUGG